AUGCCCGAGGGCGAGGGGGCGCCCGCCUCUCCCCAGGCGGCUCGCCGCGCCCCGGGCAGGGGAUCGUCGGGGCCGGCGGGGGCCCCGGAGUCCCCGGGCCGUCGGCGGGGGGGGGGNUCGGCGGGGCGCGUCCGCGCCAGCGUGCCGCAGAAGCUGGCGGAGGCGCUGAGCAGCCAGUACGGGCUGAUCGUGUUCGUGGCGGGGCUGCUGCUCCUGCUGGCCUGGGCCGUGCACGCCUCGGGCGUGGGCAAGAGCGCCCUGCUCUGCUUCCUGACGGCGCUCAUGCUGCUGCAGCUGCUCUGGAUGCUGUGGUACGUGCGCCGCAGCUCGGCGCACCGCCGCCUCAUCCGCCCCAAGGACACGCACGCCGGCGCGCGCUGGCUCCGCGGCAGUAUCACAUUGUUUGCGGCCAUUACCAUCAUCCUGGGAUGCCUUAAAAUUGGGUACUUCGUUGGAUUUUCCGAAUGCUUAUCAGCCACCGAAGGAGUGUUCCCUGUCACACACGCAGCUCAUACUCUGUUGCAGGUGUAUUUUCUUUGGGGGCAUGCAAAGGAUGUCAUCCAGUCUUUCAAAACACUGGAAAGGUUUGGGGUGAUCCACUCGGUGUUCACCAAUCUGCUACUGUGGACCAAUGGCGUCCUGAAUGAAUCAAAGCACCAACUUAACGAGCACAAGGAACGGCUCGUCACGCUGGGCUUUGGGAACAUCACAAUAGUCCUAGACGACCACGCGCCUCCGUGUAACUGCUCGCCCCCGACCUUCUGCUCCGUCAUCUCCCAGGGGAUCUACUAUCUCUACCCCUUCAACAUAGAGUACCAGAUCCUGGCUUCCACGACGCUCUACGUCCUGUGGAAGAACGUCGGACGCAGAGUGGACAGUCAGCCGCAUCGCAACGUGCAGUUCAAGUUUCCCGGGGUCAUGGCGGGCUCGGUCCUGGGCCUGACCGUGCUGGCCGCCACGAUCGGGGUCGUGGUGGUGUAUCUGAUUCAGAUCGGGCGCUCCAAAACCAAGAGCGAGUCGGCCCUCAUCAUGUUCUACCUGUACGCCAUCGCCUUGCUGAUGCUCAUGGGGGCCGCGGGGCUGCUCGGGAUCCGGAUUUACAGGAUAGACGAGAAAUCGCUAGACGAGUCCAGAAACCCGGCCCGCAAGCUGGACGCGGACUUGUUGGUGGGCACUGCCUCCGGCUCCUGGCUCAUCUCCUGGGGCUCCAUCUUGGCCAUCCUGUGUGCCGAAGCCCGCCCUCCCUACACGUGGUUCAACCUGCCCUACUCAGUCCUGGUGAUUGCCGAGAAGUACAUCCAAAACCUCUUCAUCAUCGAGUCCAUUCACCGGGAGCCGGAGAAGCUCCCUGAGGACAUCAGAACCCUGCGGGUGGUCACAGUCUGCAACGGCGAUGCCAUAUCCCUUGCCUCGUCUUGCCUCAAGAGUGGAGCCGCGGCCGCGGACGGGGCUUCCCUGGGCAGUGAGGCCACACAUGUGGCCAAUGGAAAUACGCAUCUGAGAGAAGGCUGUGGCAGAGAGGAGGAGGAGGGGAGCCAGGAAGGGACCCCGGGCCCAGCCUGCCACCCCCGUUUCCUGCAGGGCGAUGCCAAGAGAAGAGUGUUGAGGAACAUCGCAGCCUUUUUGUUCCUCUGCAAUAUCUCGCUCUGGGUCCCUCCCGCCUUCGGCUGCCGCCCCGAGUACGACAACGGAUUGGAGGAGAUUGUCUUUGGCUUUGAACCCUGGAUAAUUGUGGUCAACCUGGCCAUGCCUUUUUCUAUUUUCUACCGAAUGCACGCAGCUGCCUCUCUCUUUGAGGUCUAUUGUAAGAUAUAGUCCGCGUCCUAUAGUCCGCGUCCGCAUCAAAGCCCGAGGAGUGACCUAACAAGAGAAUUCACUGGAGCCACCUGGGAAUGGCCAGGUUGGGCAAACACGGCCUGACAAACGCAAGAGGGCUGCCUUUGUUGGCACCAAUUGUGUUUCCCGUGAGCUGGAAUCGUCUCUCACCCCGGAUGAAUGUAAUCAAGUUAGCUCAGCAUCGGUGAGGCGGCUGA